UGAAGGGGGGGGACUUACCACCAUUUGUUGUGGAAGAUGUCAUUCGUGAGAGGAGUUAUGUUAACUGCGUCAAAGUCAAAAAUGUUGAGCUUUGCUAGGUCGUCUACCCUUCUGAACAACCUCAGCGUGAGCCAGCGGUCACACCGGCUGCCUCCAAACCCCACGGCGGGGCUCCGGCGCUUCAGCAGCGCCUCAGCCCAGGAGAAGCCAGCGGUGUCAGGUCCAUCUGAAGAUAAAGUACACCUCACUGAGUCAUGUCUGAAGAGACUAGAGGAGAUCAUGGGGAAGGGCGAGUACCUGAGAAUACAUGUGGAGGGAGGAGGCUGCUCUGGGUUCCAGUACAAGUUUUCUGUCGAUAGUAACAAGAAUGAAGAUGACAGAGUGUUUGAGCAGGGAGGAGUGGGCAUUAUCGUGGACCAGGACAGCCUGGAGUUUGUGAAAGGAGCCACGGUGGACUUCAGCCAGGAGCUGAUUCGCUCUACCUUCCAAGUGCUCAAGAAUCCUCAAGCUGAUCAUGGCUGCUCCUGUGGCAGCUCCUUCUCUGUCAAACUAUGAUCCCAUUUCCCUGUUACCUGCAUUAAUAUUACUUAAUACACUGAUUUAACAAUUUAUCAGGUACAAAAUCCAAUAAAAUAUUACAAACAUUUCAUCCUACAAUAUUACAACUAGUCACCAUUGGGAUGUAUCCACACCUCUCUGACAAAGUGUCAACACAUACUAAACAGAAGUUUCAGAAAUGGCAGAAUUUUUGCAGUCAUAUUAUAUUAGA